GCUCGCGAUCGACACUAUCGAGUUUACUGCAUUCUCAUAGUACUGACCAUCGCAUGGUUCUUCAUCUUGGGCUCCUUGGUGGGCAUCACCAUCUAUGCUAGUGCAAGUUCAGCGUCUUUCAGCUUUCCUGUGUAUGUGGUGAUCGUUUGGGCAAUAGUCCCGCCAGUCAUACUGCAGUUCUGGAGGCGGCGUAGUGCCGUCUUGAGAAUGACUAUCAAGCGUCGGAAGCCGAAGUCUAAGAUGCCUGAGUUUGAUACAAUGUUUAAGCCAGCAACUCCAUGUGAAGGCGAGCUUUGCCCGAUAUGUCUCGGCGACAUGAGCGACUCUAUUUCUAUUCCGAAGAGUGACAAUGGGGACUCGCGAGAGUCUAAAGUUGACUCUGUUGAAAGCGAGGAGAAAGCUUCGGCACAAGUAAAGGAGUCAAGCGUGGUGCAAUCAGUUUACUGCUCUCAUAAGUUUGAUCGAGAUUGCGCGAAUAUCUAUAUGAACCAUUGGGGUCCAACAGCAGUAGACGCCAAAGGAGACGUCAUAUGCUGUCCAGUGUGUAGAAGCUCUUGGGCACCAGGCGUCAAUCCUGAGGAAGAAGUAGGGUGUGAUAGUGACGGUAGCUUUUAUUACUAUGUCCCCUCUAGCGAGGGUAGUAGAGAUGACGUUAUAGUAAACAGAGUGUGAAUGAGGGUAAUCGCUGUAAAGUCAUCUUACCAACAUUAUAAGGUAAGGAGCGUUAUUAUACGCGUAAGACUUAGCGAAGUAUUUACCCGAUAUGUCUAGUCGACGACACUCGCUUGCUGCGGACAGCAGCAGCAACUGUU